CAACCGUUAGCCGCUAGCAUGGGUUCAAGCCGUUGGUCACGUGGGUUGUGGAGCCUGCGUUAGCUGUGCAGCAACGGUGCUCUUGAACAGACCACUGUUUUCACUCGCGGGCUUUGCUGCUUAUCUGCGCUCAACUUUUCAAGCUGCUUCCGAUCUGCAGCUAAAGUAGCAGCAGGCACAACACGCAGAGGGGAUGUCGCGCGGAAUGGACGAAGAGGGUGAUAAGUCAUCCAUUGUGACUAGUUUGGAUAGAUCGGAAAAGAAAACCGACGUUGAGUGUAAAAUAAAAUGGACCCAAGAGGAGGAUGAAAACCUCAAAAUCCUUGUCACUAACUUUGGAAAAAAGGACUGGAAAACCAUUGCUAGUUUUUUACCAGGUCGAACAGAACUGCAGUGUAUUCUUCACUGGAAGAAACAUCUGGAUCCUGAAUUAGUGAAGGGACCUUGGUCUAAAGAGGAAGAUGAAAAGAAAGAAGCCAGAGUACCCAGAGAGAACCCACACAUGCAUGGGGAGAACAUGCAGACUCCAUGCAGAAAGUUUUACGGCUGGGAUUCAAGCCCCAGACUUUCUUGCUGCAAGAUAGUGGAGCUGGUGAAUAAGUAUGGUGCUAAAAACUGGACGGCAGUUGCCAAGCACCUAAACGGCAGGUUGGGCAAACAGUGUCGGGAACGCUGGAUUAACCACCUCGACCCAGUUAUUACCAAGGCUUCCUGGACUGAAGAAGAAGACCUCAUCAUCUACAAAGGCCACUGCAUUCUGGGUAACCGAUGGGCUGAGAUUUCCAAGCUGCUCCCCGGAAGAUCUGAAAACUCAAUCAAGAAUCAUUGGAACACCACCAUCAAACGCAAAGUAGAGAUUGGCUUUUUCAAAGGAAUAGCUGAAACGAUUUCCAUUGAUAUUCAUCAUUUUAUGGAUGGAGAGGUGGACUUCAAAUGUGACGUUGUUAUUGAUGCUGAUCCAGUGACGCCUGAACUUGUGAUUAAAACGGGGACAGAGAGCACAGACAUCACAAAGCAGCAGGAGUCUGAUAUAGCGAAACAAAAGACAGCUGUUCAGAUUCAGCCCACUUCAGCUUCAAGAAGAGAUGUGUCGUCCCCCAGCCCUUCUCUGCCCCGCAGUUCCAGCUCCAGUCCAGGCUCUGUUGUUGCACCACCAGCCACGCAGGUGGACCAGAAAAGGUUUGCUGAGGCAGCCUUGAGGAUGAUUGCUGAGGACAUGCUGCCACUCAGCUUUGUUGAAGGUGCAGGCUUCAGGUCAUUUAUGGGUACCAUCUGCCCUGAAUACAGCAAACUGUCCCAGCGCAUCAUCGGCAUUCAGCUCUACGAGGAUGUGGAAAGAACCAUCAAGCCUCAGCUCAUCCGUGACCUCAAGCUCUCCCUAGCUAAAGCCAAAAAUGGUGAAGGUGCCAUUCAUGUGACCUGUGACCUAUGGGCAGGGGAUCAGGCCAAACAAGUGGAGGAUCCUAUCCUUGUUGUCCAACUCCACUUUGUUAGUGAGUCUUGGCAAAUCCGCCGCCCUAUUGUUGCCUUUCGUCACCUCAACCACAAAAACCUUAGCGUCGCUGUGGCCAGUGAGCUUGAGGGAGUGUUGCUGAGCUACGGUAUAUUCCCUCGCCACAUUGGCUACGUCCUUGCCAACCAGGCCAAAGAAAUCCUAGCUGGAAAUAACUUGUUUUGUGACUACAAGAUUGUGUGCUCAUCGAACAGGGGAGAACCAGAUGGAGAUGACAUCUUGGCCUUUCUGUCAGAUGAGAUCUCUGAAUCAGAGUCUCCUUUUUCAGAGCUACAAAUUGGGACAAGAAACACGUGUGUUGCCAGAACUUUGCAGGUUGUGAUCAGGGACGCCCUGAAAAAUUCCAGAGUAGUGGAGAACCUGCUCUCACAGAUCCACAAUGUGGUUGCUUUCUUCAGGAGCAGUUCCUACUGGAGUGAGCUUUUACUAAAGGAGGGCAACGUGUCACUGUGCCCUUCAUCCACUAACUGCCGCUGGAACUCUAUGAUGUUAGCCUUACGGCGUAUGGUGCAUGAGACCACCUGGAGCAUCAUCAUGACUCUCCUGGCCCAGGCUCGCAUUGAGGCCACAGACACAGCCAGCGCGCCCCCUCUGAUCAUGGUGAAGAGGGAGCAAGUGGUUGAUAUUUUGGGUCUCCUUGAGCCUUUUGAGGAGGCUUUGCAGGUGCUUCAAGGGAAUGGAUUAACCGUAUCUUUCAUCAUCCCCUCCCUCAUUGGCCUCGAUAAGACAUUGGAAAGCCGAGUGACCAACUACACUCACUUCUGCAAGGCCCUGCGGACAGGCCUUUAUACACAUUUCCAGUCUCUGAUUCACAAGAAGGAGAUUAUACUUGCUACUGUGCUUGACCCCAGGAUGAAACUGAAGCCAUUUUCUGAUGCCACCGCUGAAACCCAAACAGAGUUCCUAACACCUCCGUCAAAGUCCGAGGCUCACAGCAUCUUAGAAUCGUUAUUAGAAAACAAGACUGAGCCAGCACCUGUUUCUGUGGAGGAAACCAAGGAGCAGACAACUAAUCCAUCGACAAAGAAGGAAGACGGGGCAGAAGAAAGCCAAGCUGACAUCAAAGUUUCAACAGAUCCAUCUGCGGGCAGCUCGGAUGACAACUAUGAUGGUGUUGGCGAAAGCGACCUCAAGCGCAAGUCCAUCUUCAACUACCUGCAGCCUCCCGUAAAGACUAUGAGGAUUUCAGAGCUGGACAUGUACCUGUCUGACCCCAUGUGUGAAAGCGGCUCUAGCCUUUUGUACUGGAAGUCAGCCUUUCAGUUCCCCCGGCUGCAGGACAUUGCCAAGAAGCUGCUGGCUGCACCUGCCGCCUCUGGGGGCUUUGACAAGCUUUAUCCAAUGGCAGCUUGUAUCAUAAGAGCCAAGAGGAACCGCCUCCCGUCUCACACCACUGAGAGACUGCUUCUGUACAAGAACUCUAUAAAGACCAGGACUGUAAAUCGGGUCAGUGGAGUUCCCAAACACUUAAAGGUUAAGUGAGGGUUGGUCAGAUUUUUGUCCUGAUGUUUUAACAGCAAAUGCCAUCAAAGUUGCCACAUUGAAGUAAGCAGUGGUCUUAUCUGCUUGUUGCGUACAAAUAUUAUGUUUAGUUACUGUAAAGUUAUUUUUGCAUUAUAAGUCUACAGGUCUGACUGUAUUUUGGUGCAAAUGGAGUACUUUUCAGUAGCACUGUUUAUGCAACAGAUGUGUUUUUCAGAACUGUGCAAAACAAAUGUAAUCAAAUAUGCAGUACUGUUUCAUAUGUACCUGUGUAGGAGCUUGCCUUUGGAGGACCUUACACCUUAUACAUGAGCUAUACAUAUAUCCUCCACUUAUGAAAUUGUGAUGAAGAUUGUACGCCACGUGCAGAUAGUGUGUUGUAAUAAAUUUGCACAAGCAUAUGUAAAGUAGUUUGGGUAUUAUUAGUGUUUUAAUGAUUGUAUAUAGUUUGUAUAUCUGAGGUUUGACUUUCAAGCUGACUAGGAGGUUGUAGUUAAUUUGAUCACAUUUAUUCAUUUUGGGCCUAUUAGCAGUGACCUAAUCUCUGCAUGGAAAGUGGUAAAGAAUGUUUGCAGGAAAUAAAGCAAAGGUGAACAAUAUUUCUUUUUUUUUUUAUGACAAGCGUUUUCUUAUAUGAAAAAACUCCAAUAUGUAGUGUCUGUGCUGCCUCGCCUUUAGAUCACUGUGCAAAGGUUUUAACAACACUUAAUGUUUUAUUACUUUUCCCAGAAGCUGGACUUUCUGGGUAACUUGAUAUUGCUUUAAAAAGCUUUUUUUUUUUUUAUAAAUUUGGCCAAGAUUAUGUGGAGCCCUUUGCAGAGUUUGAUUUUGGGCCCCAGUUCAGCCUGCAAGUCAGAACAGCAUUAAUAUCUCUUCUGUUUAACCCCACUCAGGUACAAUGGUUUAAUAGCAAGGCAAUGAAAUAAUUUUGUUUUUCUUCACACGGAAUGUAUUCAAUUCAUAUAAUUAACAUUAAUAAAAGGUGAAGACAAGGA